CAGGAGCACGAGCAGGAAGUGGAUCUAUUCUUACCUGUUCUGCAUAUCAAACAAAAAACAGAUGGUUCGAGAGUGAGCUGCUUCCUCUUUAGCUUGAAUCACUGCAGGAAGAAAGCAACUGAGACCCGAUAGCCAUUAAUUGUUGUUCCCAUUCAAUUACUGUCACUUUCUGAUUUACUCUGGGUGCACUGCAUCAUCAGCGUAGUUCGAUAGCCUCAUUGCAAUUUAAGUGUUCAGUGAUCAGUGCUCUUGAGGUUUGAAGAAUACUUGGAUCAUGCCAGCAUCAGGACCCGUUUAUCAACCAACAACAGUUAGCUAUGAACAACAGGAAUGGUCUCGACCUCAUGGUUACUUGUCGGAGAUUUUGCACACAGUUAGAUCCCCACGAUGUAUUCAAUGGUUCCUUCUAGCCCUCGGAUUAGUUUCUAUUUUCAUUGGUCUCAUGAUGACUGCUGGUGGAUUGUUCAAGUCAGAAGUAGAGGCACAGAGUGAUCCUGCUAAUAGUGGGAGCAUCAUUGUUGCCAUCUGUGGAGUUCUGAUCUUUGUUUUUGGCGUUUUAAUGGUUGCUGUGUACAUUCAGUUGAUCAGGCGGAGGAAAGGCUGCUCCUGCUUCUCGAAAGAACGCAGGCUGGCGCGAGAUCUGCACCCGCAAGUUGGAAAUGGACAGAUAAUGACUCUUAACCCUUCUACGGAUUUGUUGGUUGCGUCCUCCACCCAGUAUGGACCAGCUUCAGAGAACCCUCCUGCAGUGACUGAAGAAGAAACCCAUCAGCUCAUGUCCAAUGACCAUAAAGAAGUAGAUAAAUUGCAUCCCACUGAAACCAAGAAGUCUCAACCCUCACGAGUCCACCGUUCAAUCUCAAGUGUAUCCAAGCGUGGACAUGCUCCCCUAGCAUCAUUGGAUGAACUAAGUCCAUCUCUGAGAUCAUCAUUUUGUAGCAACAAUUACUUUGACUAUUCAGUGGAUUCCUCCGAAACUCGUACGUCCUCUUCAAUGCAAGACAGCAUUGAUUCUUGCGAUUUUGUUGAAACUACCCACCUGUAAAUAUUUUGCGUGUUUCAUACUCAUUGCAGAUGUUCAUUGUCUUUGAAUUAUCACUCAGUGACGUAGCUAUCAUUUAAAAAGUUGCACAAGCUCUAGUAGCAGAGCCAACUUUUUCAUAUCUUAUAAAUAUAGGGAUUAAGAAGAUAUUUGGGAACAGAUCUGUGAUAAGGGAAUCUAUCUUCCGGAAGAAAAUUUACUUCAACUCUUUUCAAAUACAUAGAGGAAGCAAAUCUGGAAAUUUCAACUCAAGUUUGACUCUGAAAGCUCAAAAAUCGAAGGAGUUAUGAGUCCUAAAGUUUCAAGGUAUAAAUUCUAUGGUUGUAGGUAAAUGUGGUGCAAGGUUUUAAAAAUAGUCAAGGAAAUUUUUUUCCCCGAAGGUAAGGUCCUGUUGCACAGAUCCGGUCACAUUUAUCACGUGAAUGCUGAUUUAUAUAAAAAUGUUUACACUAACUUAACACCCUCAUGUAUGAAAAAGGAGGAUGAUUUUUUUUAUUUUUCGUAGUUGACCAUGGGCCAGCAUGUUCUAAUGAGCUUGUUAAGUAAUGUUUAAUUCCUGCAUUUCUGAAAACCAGAAAAAGCAUUGAGUCCGCAGCAAUUUUCCAGAAUUUUUUGAACAAUAUGGACCCACGAAAACCGAGCCUAAAGUUGCGUAUUUUGAGUCCUUAUUUAAAUGCGCGUCGGCGGGUCACUAAAAAUGGCCGCCCGUUGGAGAAUGGCCACACUCGUUGACUUACCUACUACAGCAUCCUAAAGCCCGCACAUGGACUAAAUGACGUUGCGCCCCAUCGCGUGCGGCAAAGGCCUUCCAUAGGCCUGUGUCACACUAUCAAAACUAGCCAUCAAAAUAUCAAGGUCAGGUGUUGUAAUUGGCUUAUUCGAUGACUUGGACCAAUCACAGCACUUGACCUUGACAUUUUGAUGGAGUAUUUUGAUAAUGUGACACAGGCAAUACUCUUUAGCGUGCGGACUAUGGGAUGCUGCUGUGGGUAUUUCAACGAGUAUGGCCAUUCUCCGAAGGGCGCAGGGAAAACAUACAUACCAUUUUUAGUGACUGCCGACGCGCGUUUAAAUGGGUGCUCAAAGUACGCGACUUUGAGCUCGUUUUUAGUGGGUUCAUAUUGUUCAGAAAAAUUCGGGAAAAUUUCUGUGGACUCUGUGCACUCUCUAGUUUUCAGAAACACAGGAGUUAAACAUUACAAAAUAAGCUCAUCCUUUUCAAAGGAUUAGGUACAUGGGGUGCAGCAUGGUCACACUUGGAUCUUACCCUCAGUAUACGUAAGAUAAAUGAAAAAUCACCACUGACACUUUUUCAAUUUAUUCUAUACGGCUUUGCUACAAAGGAGGUAUGAGGUGAAAGGUGAUUUCAUCGCUUUUGGAAGCAUAGCUACAAGUUUUUUGACAACUAUUUUUCACCCAAAGACAUGUCUUACACAGGGAACAGAGAUCAGUCAGAAGGACAAAGUCCUGAAUUUUUUUUAUGUAUUAUUUCUGAACACACAAGGAAUAAAUAUUAUUUUGAGGUUUAGAACUUCUUAGAACUGUACGCAAAUCAUCAACAUCAGAUUUAGUUGACAGAUUGAUGAACUUUGAUGCUCAUCAAUGGCACAGAAAUUUUUAAAACUUUUUCAGGUGUGCGCAAAGAAAAUUCAUCAUUAACUCAACACAUGAUUCCGUGUCAACUGGAGGUUUGGCACUAAAAUAAUAUUCUUAAUGUUCUGAACCUCAAAACAGAACUUAUUCCCUGUGGUACAUAAUAAAGGACUUCAUCCACAUGGGAGGUUAUUAAAUCUAACUGUAGUUGAUAUGCUGCCAUGUUAUGGGUUUUAACCAUCAAAUUUUACUGAAACCUCUUUGCUUUGGCUCUUUCGAAAAUAUUGUAAAUUGAAGACAAGGUUAGUGCUCAUAAGACAAUUUUUUUAUGGAGACCCGUAGAAGCAACUUUUUUACUAAGUGCUGCACCUACACUGAUCUUAUGGGUUUUGUGGAAAGAAAAUUUGUAUAUUUUUCUAUUUAACAUACUACUUGGAAUACUUUUUUCCCCUUUUUUUAGCUUACGAGUAUUUAAAUCUGUUUCAAUGCAAAGAAUCCUCUCUUACUAUGUUUAGUUCUAAAAUAAUUUCUCCCAUCUUUCCUCAAGAAGGUUAAUUGCAGUAUGCAGCAACUUACCUUGUUGAAUCAUAUUUUCAUAAUGAAUCUCUAAUUUUUUCAGUUUAUAAUGGUAGGUAUCAGUGACUACCUAGAAUAUUCUUUUACUUUGUAGAAAUUCGGAAAUUUAGACCACAGCGAGUGAGGGUUGUAAUUUUUCUGCACAAUUUAUAUUUUGAAAAAAAUUAAAAUAUUCAAAGGAUCCUGCAGGCUUCUCAUGGAAACUAGCUCAUAAUACUGAAUCUGAUUUUUUUUUUUUCUGGUCAUAGGAUCUAGUUCGUAUUCUCAUAUAUUGUUCUUUUUGUCAUUCUCAGCAGAAGUUUAUACAGGUCCUGAAGGGGACACUCAGGGAGAAAUUUUAGUGUCCACUACACAUUGGCUUAGUAUUGUACAGCAUACUAUCUUAUAGUGGAUACAUUCCUGUCUAUUUUUUAUUCUGCUGUUGAAAAUGGACUUUGGUGUUCUAAAAGACGUUUCGAAACCCUCUCUGGUAAUUUUUAAUUUUUUUUACUACUUAUUUUUUCUUUAUCCACAAACAGGCUGUACAGCCCUUGCUGACAAGUAAAUACAAAGAAAAUAAUCUAAACAGCACCAUAACAGAAGUAAAAGAUGAAUUUCAAAACAGUUUUCGAAAACCUGUCACUCUGUUGGUCACAACAUGUGUAUGCUUUUGACCAUUAAAACUAACAAGUAAACCUCAUUGCUUGUUUAUACUUUUUAGAAUGUAAACUUUUAUAUCUUCAUGGAGUUUCCCAAAAACUCAUUGAUCAUAGGUGUUUGUGCUGAGCACUAAGAAUUUUCUGACUGUAGCUCAAAUACUUUGCACUCUCUGCAUGACUAGCAACUCCUGGAAACUCUCCUGGCCUUGCAGAAGCUUCUGCAUAAAAUGACCUAAAGAAUAACAUAGGAGAUUAUGAACAAAGUUCACUGACAAUGCGUGCAUAGGCCCUGCCCCUUUCCUUGGUAGGUAGCCCUACUCUUUACCCACCUGCCUCUAACAUAGUGAUUACUCUUGUAGCUUACAUGUACGUGUGAGAAUAAUCAGCUUUGUUGGGCAAAUUCGCUAUAACGAUUGUUUUUUUAGUAUUGUAUUUUUGUCUCAAAUCAUUUUCAUCCUUUUAAAGUCUCUUGCAAAUGGUUCAGUAAAUUACUCACACUACUGAGAAAUCAAAAGUCAUCACACUGUAACAAUAUUUUCUGUUCAGUUUUAAUUUAUUAAGUUAAGAAUUCAUUCAGAGAAUUCUUCAGGUGAAUUACAAAUUUUUCAGCUUGAGAAUUGAACACUUUUGCAUGAUUUCAAGCUGUUGAAGGAUGUAUUAUGAAGCUUCAAAUUUUGACUGAAAAUUACACACGUUUCUAAUGUUUCUUAGUAACAUUAGGGAAGACUAAGUUCGUGUCAAAUAAAAGCCUAAUGCAGUGUAAACUAAGUUUCCAGUGGGUGCAGUCUCAAUGCAAAUGCACCUAAUUCAAAUGAAUGCAACGCAGUUGUUAGGACAAAUUUUGCUUGCAACUAUCAAUUGACCAGGGUAGAGGCACUUGAGUGCAAAAUUUAUAAAAUAUAUUGAAACAUUUGUGAAGAGGUAUGGUUGUUUAAUGAAGAAUGUUCAGGAAUAUUAUCCUAAUGAUUUUCUUACGCUUCCUUCCAUCAGUAUAAUCUGAGAUAGUAUCUUCAGCAGUUUCUUUUUGUGAUAAUUUUUUGUUGUUGUUCAUCUCUUAAGAUAGUCGCUAGUUGUCUUUUCUAUAAUUUAAUUGUCUUCUGUCCUUUAUUUUUAUAUGAUGAUUCCAGUGCCGUAGUUAUUAUAAUCAAUCUCAAAUAUGUUUAUGUUUUGUUUAUUAUAUUAUUUUUAAAAGUGUGUGCCCAAGGCAGUGGGAACAUACAGGCAGCUUUCCUCUAUUUUACAACUUUUUGAGCCAGUUUUAUCUCUCCUGGCUAAAAUGACGGUUGCAUUUAUCCUCCAUGUCUUGUAACAUGUAACCUAAGAGUGAGUUUAGUCCUGCAGAACGAAAAAUUGUGAAACAUUUCAUAAGAAAUAUGAUAUAUUGUCUAGAGUUAUAACUGGAGGUUGAGUAAAGAUCCUGAUUUCUAAUCUGCUUUAAUAACAGUCCUUUGCAAAUGUUCCUCAGUUAAUUUCAUUUAUUUUGUAUGCUCCUUUCAAGUUUUUUUUUUUUUUUUUUUUUUUUUUUUUUUUGUUGUCACAUGUUGUGACACUUGGUAGAGCUAGUUAGCAACUAAUUGACUCAUGAAUAUAGUAAGUGGAGGUUUUAAAGAUAGCUUGUCUAUAUUUGGCAGCAGUUCAUCUCAAAAUAGGUGAUGGAAAUUCAUCAUAGUACAUAGGCUGUCCCAAAAGUACCCGGACUGGUUCUGUAACUUCAAAACUACGAUAAAUAUAGACAUGAUCUUGGAUUUAUUUUUAAGAUCAACUCAAUACCUAUCGAUUAAGACCAAGAUCAGCGCAAUCGAAUAAAAAUCGACCGAGUUAUGGCAAUUUGAAUUCGGUGAGUAAAGUUUACCCCUACGGUUUUUGAGGAAGAUUCUUCAUCGACGAUAUUGAUAUCUUAAAGUAUGAUCUGGUAUUAUGUUUUCACCCAAAAGCUUCCAUGUAAUGCUGGAACAACCUGGCAACAUCGCCCUGUGGUGGUCGGCUGUCGCCAGUUGUCGUCGUCCGCCUUCGGGCCAAGAGUCCAAAGGGCAAAAAGCCCCGACCGACCGGGUGGAAUGCCGCACUUGAAAGCUUCGUGGAUGCUCCAUCAAGACAACGCGCGGCCUCACAACUCGAACUUUACACGUGAAUUUAUGAGUAAAAAUGAAGUUGAAACAAUCCUUCAACCUCCUUAUUGCCUUGACUUGGCUUCUUGUGAUUUUUGGAUGUUUCCUGCGCUUAAGAAGGAGCUUCGCGGGUAAAGAUUCAAAUCGAGGACCGAAAUCCAGAAUGCAGUUCAGAACUUUUUCAACUCCAUCCCAGGGGAAGAAUUCAGGAAAACAAUGUUAGAGAAGUAGCAAGAGCGCAUGAAGUUUAAGGACGGUACUUUAAAAAGCAAAAGGAAGUUAUGGAAGAUUCGGAGGAAAGCAGAAACGAAGAUUAACGUUUUGAAUCCUGGUAAGCAGAGAAUCUUCCUUAAAAAUCGUAGAGGUAAACUGCACUGAUUUCAAAUUACCAUAACUCGGUCGAUUUUUAUUCGAUUGCGCUGAUCUUGGUCUUAAUCGAUAGGUAAUGAGUUGAUCUUUAAAAUGAGACAAAGAUCAUGUCUAUAUCCAUCGUAGUUUUGAAGUUACAGAACCAGUCCGGGUACUUUUGGGACAGCCUAUGUAUUUUCGGAAACAGUAGUACAAAUUUAACUUGAAGUUACAUGUGUCUAUCAGACAAUAUAAAGGCAGAUUCUUCAUUGUCCAGAAUGUACAUGCAUGAUCUCCAGUAAUGAAUCGGGUAGAUUUGACCAAGUGUGAUAGAAUCGACCCUUACUCUUAUUAGCUUCGCUUAAGUAAAUGUUGUGUCUUCUUUGACAUAUAUCAAUUUUCUUGCAGGUGUAUGAAAUGUAAGGUGGAUAUUUGAAAUUAUCACUUUAGGUACCAUUUUCAUACCCAAAACUCUUGUACCAUUUCGGAGGAUAAGACAAUAGUAAUGUCCAAGGGAAAUUUUAAAAUGUGGUGAUAAUUACUGAUAUACUACCAUCAGAAGAAACUCUCCUCUUAUCAUUCAUGUUUCCAGAGCUGCGAAAAAUUAAUGAAACAUUGGGAUGUACUAUCAGCUGGUGUCCCAGCCUCUUUUGUACGUAUUAUUUUUUGCAAACAGGGAGAACGUAGAAGGUUUUUAAGUUCUUAUUCUCACGCACGUGGCUAAUUUCUUCACAAUUUUCUUCUACCUUUCAAUUGUUGCUGUCUCACUAAGUUUACCUUAAAUUUAAACCACUUCAUGGCUUCUGAUCAGAUCUGAUAUGAUAAAUUUACAUCGGAUUUACAAGACCCUAGUUUUGUGUAAUUUAUUUUUAGAAAAUAUGGCUGUACAGCUGCUUUAAUCAUUUUAAGCUGCCUCUAAGUACUUUUUUUUCUCUCUGGAAUUUUUUUAGCUUUGUUACAAUUUUUUCCUUAAAUCAAAAAAACUAUGUAAGUGCAAUUUUUAACCAAAAAUUUGUUAUCAGUUGAAAUGCGUCUUCUUUUCGCAAAUUAUUAUUGCUCUGUUUUUGCUCAAAAAUGCAGUUAGUCGUGAUGAACUCAUGUUUGAGAGAAUUGCCGCAAUGCGCAUCCAUUUUGGAAAUUCAGUGCAGUUACACAAAGUUUAUCGGAAAAUAAUGAGCAAGUAAUUAAAACUGAGGAAAUUGAAUGAUGAUUUAAAUCCAACAUACGAACUUAGUAUAAAAAUUUUAUGUAAAUUUUCCUAAUUAUUUCUAUGCAAAACGAAAAACAUGAAAGGCAAGUCAUUUCGCCAUGAACACUACUAUUGUUACUAUAAAAAGUGAUACCUGAGAGUCAGAACCUAAUCACCGGUUUGCCAUUUUUUAAGGGUUGAUUGUCUCCAUUAAGGUUAGAUUUUUUGAAUAAGCCAUCAUAUUAGGAUUGCCCAUCAAAGAAUUUGGACAGUUUGAUUCAUUCUCAACUUCGCCAGGUGAGGGCAAUUGGUACAAAGUUUAUUUAAGCUACCACUCUUAGCUUUUUAACAGUCUGUAGAAAAUGAAAUUUGAUGCUUGAGAACCCUAGGAAUGUGGUUUUUUCUUAGCCCAUCUUCCAUUUUCGCAGACUCCAAAUUUUAGCGGAUUGAAAUUGUUUUCCUGGUGUAGAAUGUCAGUUUAAAAAAAAAAAAAAAAAACAAAGUAAUCAACGUGAGGAUAUAAUAUGUUUAAUCAGUACUUAACAUAUCUUUUCAAACAGCUUUCUCUUCUGCUCAAUUAUUCUUGGUGCCGCUCCUUCAGCUUCUUUAUUUUUUCUUUACGAGCUCAGUAGGUGCACUGGUUUUGGUUCUGGAGCAAGGCAUUGACUGGAUUCUUGAUCACUUCAACAGUCCUGAAAUCUCUUAUAACUAGAAACAGUCAAACUAACAAGUGGGAACUUUCUAAAUUCUAACAUCCAAUGGAACUCGUUGAAAAAUGCUCUGGCUAUUGUAACAAAUAAAGCGGUCAAGGAUGAGAUCUUACGUUCAAAAUUUAAUCAACCCUAGUUGCAGUUAUACUAAAAAAAUGAAAGAAAACAGUGAACCUUAAAUUUUCGAAGGAUAAAUGACGAGUAAUCUCCAUAAGGUCUGCUAAAAUAAAAGACUAAACAUGAAUCAUAACUUUUUUGUUAAAAGUACCCAUUUCUAGUUAUCAAAGAGGGAUAUGAAUAAUGUAACGAACGAAAAAUAAAUGUUCCUAUUUUUCGUUUUGAACUUACAUUUUCUAUUCAGCAAAUCCAGUUAUUUGAACUUUGCAUGUCAGUUCUUUUAUAAUGAACAACAGAAAAUAAUUAUAUUCUUCAUAUGUCGACUGCACCUCUCAUUUUAUAAUGAGAUAAUUAAAAAUGGGUACUUUUAACAACAAAAUCCUUCUCUCAUCAGGUAUACAAAUACAUUGUACAUCCUUUACAUAAUGCAGUCUUUAUACAACCGUUAUCUUUUCUUCAUAUAUAUUUUUAUAAAAUAGAAAACCAGGGCAUAUGAAUUACCAUUUGGAAUUCUGUAUAAUUAUCAUACUUUUAAAUGUGAAUUCAAGAAUCAUUGUCCUAAAAAUGUUCUUGCUCUUGGGUUAGUGCAGACAUUUCUCUCCUUUAUCUUGCACUUGUACUUAAUAAUCAGGAAAACUACCAAACUCUGUCGAAUCUUUUUCUUUUUAGACUGCGAUUCUCUAAGCGCACAAAUUUAUAAUUUUACAGUUUUUGUUAAUUAGAGCUGAGCAUCAUGUGGUUAGCUGAUGCACUUCGUUUUUUAAUCACUUUUUAUUGCCUCAAAGACUGUUCCUCAUCCUAUCAGUUGACAUACACUGUGUAAACAACUAAGAUUUUAUGCUUUGUGUAAACAUCAAUUUUAAUAAAUUUUUUUCCUUUUUUUGGUAAA